AUGGUCGCUCAGGCAUACAGCCACGAAGAAGAUCUCUUCCAGCUCCGAGUCAACCUCGAUAUGCCACUUCUCACACGUGUUGUUAAAGCCCGGAUAGUCAUUGCCUACAUUGGUCUCGGCAAAUGUCUGGUUAGAAUCAAAGCCCAGAAUCUGGUCCGUACUUUGACUGCUCUCGCUUUUAAUAGUGCGAACAGCAGAGAUACUUCGGGAGAGAGUCAUCACAGCGAGAAAGGAACAUCCCCAGUAUCACAUGUGGGCGACGGCAAGGCCAAGGUGUUUCGUAAGGUUACGGGCAAGGGUAGCAGAGAGUUAAUUGUGUCUCAAGCUCCCCGAAGGGUAAUGUCCACACGCGAUCGCCGAGUAUCAACUAAAGCCGCCUUGGACCACGUUUUUCCUAUUAUGAUGGGUGCCAACAUAUUCACAGUCUACAAUACGUGUGUGGCUCGCGUGCUCCCGUUGGCGAGAGGUGUCCUGUCCAGUGCCUGCGCCCACGGCGGAGCAGGGAAAAUAGCAAAUCCAGCAGGAGUAACAGCACCUUCGCUGCGCUGCCUCCGCAACCUCUGCUCCUUUCCGCACAGCGUGGCCGUGCUCAUAAGCACCUGCAAAUAG